AUGGGAGGAGAUUCGAAAGAAAAUGGAUGGCCGAGGAGAAAGCUACUACGAGGACCUGGAAAUUGAAGGACCAAUUGAAGAGUCUUUCCUACCUUCUAGGCCAUCAUACACACCUUACUUAUCUACCAGAGACAGAGAAGCUCCCCAGUUCAUUUAUGAACCAGAAGACUUUACUUCAGCUGCAUUUUCCUCCCUUUGGAGUAUGAGAGAAGAAGGUUUGCUAUGUGACGUUAUUAUUAAAGUUGGUUGUCAUACUUAUAGAGCACAUAAAGUUGUCCUUGCUUCUUGCUCUUUAUAUUUUCGUGCCAUGUUUUCAGGUGAUAUGAAGGAAAGUGUAACGGGAGAAGUUACUAUUAAAGAAUUUGACCCAGAUGCUGUUAAAAGCCUAUUGGAUUUCUGCUAUUCAUCAGUUCUCACCAUUAAUCUCAGCAAUGUUCUCCACUUGUUACAAGCUGCCAGUUUAUUUCAAAUGAAUGGUGUCCAAGAAGCUUGCUGCAAUUUUCUCAUUGCCCAACUUCAUCCUUCUAAUUGUCUUGGUUUUUGCAAGUUUGCUGACACUCAUAGCUGUUACCGCCUCUGGAAGAAGUGUAAUGUAUUUGUUCAGCAACGCUUUCCUGAAGUGGCUCUUCAUGAAGAGUUUCUUGAGCUGACACUUGAAGAAUUAAUUAAUAUUACUUCUGAUAGUCACUUAAAUGUUCGAGGGGAAGAACAAAUAUAUGAAGCUGUCAUUACGUGGAUCAAGCAUGACCUUGACAAUCGAAAAGAUCAUGUUGGCAUACUGCUAAAGAAUGUAAGGAUGCCACUAAUGUCUGCUGCUUUUCUAAGCCGAGAAGUACAGAGUGAACCGCUUGUAAUGGAUAGUUUUGAUGGGCGUGGUCUCCUAAUUGAAGCUAUGGACUUUCAUUUACAGAAGAAUUAUAUGAGAGAUACACGGAGUGCGAAAAAUAGAAGUGUGAACACAACUCCUAGGCAGUGUCCUGGUCUGGAGUAUCUCUUUUCGAUUGGAGGAUCUGGGCCACCCGUUUUAGAUGACCCAUACUUAGAUAUUUGUGAGUGUUAUGAUGCCGAGCGUAAUGAAUGGAGACAAGUUGCUUCACUAAAUCAAAGACGGUCUGGAUUACGAGUUGCGACAUGUGGUGGGUAUUUAUACGCCGUUGGUGGUUUUUCAGCUACAGACACUAAAGCAUUAUCUAGCGUUGAUCGUUACGAUCCGAUGACAGACUCCUGGAGAAGUAUGGCACCAAUGAAUCAACCGAGAAGAGGCUUUGCUCUUGCUGUGUUACAUGGUUGUAUGUAUGCCAUUGGUGGUAUAAAUGGAGGUAUUUAUUAUGACAGUGUUGAAAAAUACUGCCCAAAAAAGAAUCAGUGGCGAUUUGUGCAACCAAUGACUGUUGAGAGGAGAGCUGUGUAUGCUGCAGCUUUAGACAAUUAUAUUUAUGCUGCAGGUGGACAUGAUGGAGACUGUCUUCUUGAUACCAUGGAAAGGUAUGAUCCUUCGAGUGAUAUAUGGGUUGUCAUAGCUAACAUGAUGUCACCUUGUUGCCUUGGAGCAUUAGUCUCACUGAAGGGCUGUCUUUAUGCUAUCGGUGGUUAUGACGGCACAACAAUAUUGCAGCAUGUUCAAAAAUUUAAUCCUGAGACAUGUGAGUGGACUUCUGUUGCUUCUCUACCUAUAAAGAGAGGUGGUUUUGGUGCUGCUGUUAUGGAUGGACUAUUAUAUGUGGUUGGAGGCUGUGACAGUCUCACAAAAGUCAAUAGUGUUGAUCGCUAUGAUCCUGAAAAAGACAAAUGGACAUCUGUCGCUAAAAUGAGUAUCAGAAGAAGUGGAAUGGGAGUUGGUGUAGCUCCUGCUUUUUUGUAUUAGUUUUAAUGAGUUUUUUAAUUAGCAUUGAAUUAUUUGUUUUGUAUUAUUCA